AUGGAAUUAGUUGAUGAUGUUAAAGCUCGAUUGGCUAUAUUGAGAGAGUGUGGUUGGAAUGAUUUAUUUAGUGAUGUCCAAGAAUUUUGUUUUGCUCAAAGUAUUCCGGUGCCAAAUAUGGAUGAAGAAAUACCGAUGGAUCACCGGUUUUGUGAAGGAAGUAACGUUGUGCUGGAUUGCUUCUCAUGUCUUGAACCUAAGAACUCUUUUUCUAAGUUUGAUGUUGAUAAGCUUGCUCGUCUUACUAAUGUUUAUCAUGCAGACUUUUCUGAUGAUGACUGUGGAACAAUAAGGGAGCAACUUGAGACUUAUGUACAUCAAGUGAAAAGGCAUGCUUCUUUUACUUCUUGUGAAGAUGUUCAAAGUUUGGCUAUGAAGAUGGUCCAAACUGAGAAACAUUUGGUAUUUCCAUUGGUUUACAAGGUCAUUGAGUUGGCUUUGAUAUUGCCGGUGUCGACAGCAUCUGUUGAAAGAGCUUUUUCAGCAAUGAAGAUUAUCAAGUCUAAUUUGCGCAACAAGAUCAACGAUGUGUGA